UAGGCGAUUGCUGCUGGGGUACGACAUCUGGUGCCAGUACGGAGUGCACUUGCUUGAGCGCUUUCUCCGCUCAGAGCACCUGUCUUGGCCGGACUACCUUGAAGAGCUGACGGGUAUUGUGGGUGCGUGGCACAUCUACGCGCAUGUCCGGGAGUGCUUCGGGCGUUUCUCGGGCCUGUACGUCUGGGGCGUCGGGUUCAUCGAGAUGGAGAUCCUUGAGACCCUCUGGUCCCUUCUCAACAUGGUCACCGAGGCAACCCGUAACAUGUCGCGCGCCAACAGGGAGGAGACGAUAAACUUCCAUAUGAACGAGAUUAACCUGAGGAAGAACCAGCGCAUGAUUCCGUCCAUUGUGAAGAAGUGGAAGAAGCAAAUGACGGCCAGAAUUGCUCGCGAAGAGCUAUUGGAGACCCUUGACAGGUCUUGCACCAAGGAACGUCGGGACGUGUGGUCUCUUCAGCUGCAAGAGGUCUAUCGCCGGCGAUCUAUAGAUCUUGCUCACCCCGAGCUUUACGAUGCUAAGUGGAUGGACGAGUUUUUGCAAAGCUCAUUCCAAGGCGCGUCUCCCGACCGGAAGCUCGUCGAAGAAGCCCUGUUAGCACGCGAGACUCAGGGCACGUCCGAGCCAGGCCUCGUGAAGUUUAUCGCCAGUGGCAUUCAGAUACAAGCAGAACAGUUGAGCUGGCAAGCUUUCGAAAGGAACAACACCCCCCUCUCCGCCUCAAACUCCAAGAAGUUGACUACCGCUCGCGCUCAGCUCAAGUCGCGCAUCACGAAACACAACAAGCGCGCUACAGAGCUUCUGGGUCGCCGUUCGGACAUCGAAGAGUACCAGUUUGUCGAUGACACCUUGUUUACGGUUGGCGUCCGACUUACGGACCUCAUGACGGAGGAGGAAUGGGACACUGGCUCUUCCCGAGCGUCCCGAGAUCCCAGCCAACGUCAUCCCGAGUUUUACGGCCUCGACUUGGCGUCUUCACGACCGAUGCCUUUGCAAUCGGAGCUUGAAGCGCUGGCUGGCGCUUACGAAAUCGCCUUGCUCAUAUCCUGGAUGCAGCAUCUCUUGCACGAGAUUUGUAUGAGCCUAGUUGUUCAAGUCGAGAUCUUCCGGAGGACUAUUCGGCGGACUCCAGGCGGCAAGGGCUUGUCGCAGAGAGAGAAGGCGGUCACCUCCGUCAACUUGCGCGAGCAGUACCAGUCCGUUCGUCUCUACGCCCAGCAAUACAACGUGUUUUACGACAAGGUUAAGAUCAUGAAGGCCGCCCCGGGUGUCACGCAGCAUCCAGAGUACCUGGCCAAGCAACAGAGGGCGUUCGGUCGGUACAGAAGACUUACAAAGGAUGAUAUCAAGAGCGACUGGAAGGCCUACGAUACUAUGGGCAACGGCACGUUCAAACUCCCGUGGUUUUGGAAGCUCAACGCUCGGGACCCGGAUAUCUCGGACGAGAACUUCAUUCAAGACUUCUUUCGUAUUCGAUGGAUCAAUGCUCGCGCUGCGGUUGACCGCAGCAACGAAGAACUAGGGAUCUUGCGUGUUGAAAUGGGCCUGGUAUACAGGGGCUAUCGGGGAUUGGCAGACGUAUGGGAAAAGAGAGGCAGACUACUGGAGGGUAUUGCCGGUCGUGAAGCUCAUGCAAUGCUAGCCUUUGAGAAAGAGGAGAUAUGGACUGAGUACGCCGUCCGGGCGCGGCACGAGUUCAAUUCAUUGGUCCCUGGUGUUAUAGAUUCACAUGUUUUCCCUGCCUGA